CGCACUGCUUUGCUUUAUCUUGGCCAGGUCGCAGUUGUAAAUGAGAACUUGUUCUCACCUGGCCUACCUGGUUGAAUAAAUGUGGGGAAAAAAUGUCCAUAUAGUCUGAGGGAGACGUUACAGACGGUGGGAAAGUAUCUUUGGAUGUGAUGCAGAGACGAUUAAGUGAAUUAAUAACGUUUUUGGUGACACAGCUUUGAAAUCAGCAUAUUUUGCACAAUGAUUUGCAUUAUAUCACAAACAAAGUGCUAGGGUUGUGAAUUGUUUGAUGUUAGCUUCAGCUGUAAGCUAGCAACGAAAAUUAACCUACAAUUACCACUGGAAGCUACCGGUAUCAUCUUGCAUUAUUAGGAUUCUAGCCUGUAUGGACAUUGUUUCGUGAACAGUUUCAACAUUUCUACAUGCCGUGUUGCAUUAUUCAAGUGUAGUAACUUCUGUGCAGCAUGAGUGAGGAGCUAGCAAUGAGUAAAUGGAGCAGGUAAGAGGCAUGAACGGUGCGCUCACUGCAGAAUGGGACAUCUGCUGCGCUGAUAGACUUCAUCCUCUCAAUCAUUAUACGACUUGAGACACAUUUGACAGAAGUACAGAAAGUAACCAAUUCUAGUACCGAACCGUUUUUCCAUGUUCUAGUAUCGAAGUUUCAGUAUACUGUGCAACACUAACACUACAGAGGUACAACCAAAGAGGGUGACCAACCAAUGAGCAUUCUCAUUGGUUGAGCAUUCUGUUCGAAUUGGGUAAGCUGCUCAAUAUUUCAUUCAAUAACAGUCAAUCCCUCCUAUCAAUAUCUAGUGGCAGGUGAAUUGACACUGCACUGUUUGCUUAUCAUGAAAGUAAUGCAAUAGUUUUUGGUCCAGACCAGCAGACUCCUCUGUUUAUGUUCCUUUCAGGAUGUCCAAAAUUGAGCGUCUGAAUGCCCGUGUGGCGAAGCUGCUGACGGUGGCAGUGCAUGAGGUUCUGGAGGUGGUGAAAGAGACUGUGUCAGAGUACCAGGAGAAAACAGCCAGAACUCAGAGAGAGAAUGAGAGUCUGAGGAGAAGACUGCAGGAAAUGCAGGACAAGUUGAAGAGGGAGAACACAGCUGCUCAACUUGCAACAUUUCCUGCGACUGGUGGCCGUGGAAGAGUGGUCAUCGAGAAACCGUCAGAGCAGGGUUGGAGCCCUAGUCUGAGGCAGGACAGCCCAGAGCCCACACAGGUAGAUGAGAAACCAGCGCUCACUUUCGAACAGACUGUGAGACUAAGGCAGGAGGAGGAGGAGUACAAUGCACUGGAGCUGGAUCAAACAGCACACUAUGAGACAGAGUGUAACUUUACCUUAACCUUACCCGGGCAUCACGAGGAGGUGGCACGGCAAUCAGAUGAAGCCGUUUCAGUCCACAUGCCUCAGGGUGUGAAAAAUGACUCGCACUCAGACUUGAAUAGCACUUCACAGGGAAACACCCAGCUUGGCAUCAAUCUGAAUGUUAUCAAGACGGAACCCGAGCCCACCGAGUGCUCAGCACCCGAACCGUUGACUAUCCCGGAGACCUUUGAUUGUGUCGAUUUAAGCUGCAAUUCCACACGCUACGACCCAACAACGAAUGCUCACAAGUCUCAUGUGAGCACUGGACCAUAUAACGAACUCGUAUUCGUCCACUCAAGUCACAACAGCGUCGGGAGGAGAUUUGGGUUUGGGAAAAACAGUAGGGACGGGAGGAAACACCAUAGGCAACACUUCAGGAGGGAUGAGCCGCACAGCUGCUUUGUGUGCGGCAAGACGUUCAGCCGGGUGGGGAACCUGCGUAUCCACCAGCGCUGUCACACGGGCGAGAAACCCUACUGCUGCCUUCAGUGCGGCCGGUGUUUCAGUCAGGCCGGGGACCUCAAAAAGCACAAAAGGGUCCACACAGGGGAGAAGCCAUACUAUUGCGGCCAGUGCGGCAAGAGCUUCAGCCGUGGGGAGAACCUAAAGAGGCAUCAGAAGAUCCACAUUGGAGAGACCUUACACCUGCAGCAGGCAUGGAGAGAUCAACAGUCAAACUAGGUGUUCAAAGCAAUCUUUUGAGAAAAAACUAUAUAAAUGCACAUACAGUGCAUAUGAAUGAAUGCACAUGCAGUGCGUGGUACUGAAAUUAACAUGAGAUCUGCAGUGCUGAAAAAGUAAAGUGACUGGGUCAUACUCAUGGGUGGAUUGGCUGUAUUAUUCAGGUUAUCGAUUUAGUCAAUGGGUAACAUGUAUUUUGACCAUAAGUGGAUGGCAUACCUUUGAGUGCACACCACUGGAGUGUUCAUUAUUCAAUAGGCAAACCUCUUAUCACUGGCUUUUGAAUAAGAGAGUGCGGUGUAAGCAACAAAAUAAUGUUUUGUACACUGAAACAUGUAUCUCCUCUGUACACAUACAGGAAAGACUUGGGUGUUGUGUGACAAAUCGAGCAUUACAACAUUGUGUUCAUGAUGAUUAAAGAGAGAAGUGAGCAAACUGUG